CAAUUCAGCUCUAUUGUUCAUGAGAUUCUAAGCAUGCUUUCCAGUUACACAUCGAUGAUCAACACAGAUGUUGAUGAAUGUUAUUGCAUGGAUAAGAUCAAUAAAAGUGACAACUAUGUAACAUGCGAGUCUUGUACCAACCAUUUCCAUGUGACAUGUGAGGAAUACUUGAACAAUGACAAACUUGCUGACCAGAGAUUGAUUUGGAUUUGCUCAUGCUGUGGUCAUAGCAAUAUUGGCGAUCGAAUAUUUGACAAAGUAUGUAUUCCAUCUCAUUAUAACAGAUAUGAGCCUCUCAUGUCAGCAGAUGAUGAUGAUGACAAUGACGAUGAGAACAUGGAGAUCUUCAAACAGACAAGACGAGUAAGGACAUCAAAGAAGAGAUUCUGAUCAACGCUCUAACCAAAGAACUUGCAACAUUCUG